AUGCAAAGUCAUUUAGAAGCGGACACCUUGUAUAUUCCUCUUCAUCAAAGUCAGCCAUCUCGACCGAAGAAGUGUUCUAUAUCACGAUUGUUUGGCAUUAUUAUUGUUCUACUACUAAUUUCCAUAAUCAUAUUGCUCGUUUUAUAUGAGAUCGAACGAAGCAAUACAAAAGAUCCACGAACAACACCGACAGUCAAUGACACUAGUGAUUUGUGUUUAACACCAUAUUGCAUCAAAGCAGCAAACUAUCUACUCGAAAGUAUUGAUGAGACAAUCGAUCCGUGCGAAAACUUUUAUGAGUUCGCUUGUGGAACAUGGAUUAAGAAUACGAGAAUACCAUCUGAUGACGGUGAACAACGUUCUCAUUCAAGAAUGUCGACAAAGUUGGAGAACGCACUUGUUGAUCUGCUUUCAUCAUCACCACCGAAUGGAACAAUAGAGUCGAAAGCAAUUACUAAUGCUCGUCGGUUGUAUACCUCUUGUAUCAAUGAAAAUGCUAUCGAAGCCGAAGGUGUCAAUGUAAUACUCUCAUUCAUCAAUACAGAACUCGGUGGAUGGCCUGUUUUGCAAGGUUCAACAUGGAACGAAUCAACAUUUGAUUUUGCUCAUCUAAUGCUCAAAUUAAGUCAAUACAAUAAUUUCAUAAUAUAUACAAUAAAGACAGUUGUCGACGAAAAAAAUUCGUCGAUUCGAAGCAUUCAAAUAAGUCCAAAUAUUGGUGUUCAAAAUUUGAUCUACUAUGCCAAAGGAAUAGAAGUAAUAAAAGCUAAAUGGCAGUUCUUUAACGACUUGGCUCUAGCAUUGACCAAUGAUACAUCAAAAAUCGAUGAUGAUACAAUUGCUCUAAUAGAGUUUGAAACAGAAAUUGCAGAAUACUAUGUGAAGGAACACAAAAUAUCUUUUAACAAUACUAUCCGCACAACAGUCGGCAACCUUUCGCGCACAGUCAACAUUAGUUCUGAUUUUACCACUUAUCUUCGUCGUCUGUAUCAGUUCGGAAAUGUGUCUCUCAUCAAUACAGACAUUGUAACUGUGUUCGCGCCUAAAGUUGUGCGCGAUAUUACGUUAAUUAUUGAUCGACAAUCACCACGUAUCAUACAGAAUUAUAUGAUAUGGCGUUUCAUGGUUAAUCGAGUUUGGAAUAUGCCAAAACGUUUUCGAGACAUUGCACAACAGUUUAACUAUGUACUUCAAGGCACCAGUACUGAACGGCCACGUUCAGUCAUAUGUGCUAGUCAUGUCAGUCACGCUAUGGAUUUGGCCGUCUCUAAAAUCUAUAUAAAUCAAUAUUUUGACCAGGAUGCUCGGAAAGAAGCACUCGAAAUGAUCAAUAAUAUUCGAAAUAUCUUCAUCAACAUGAUCAAUCAAUCGAUGUGGAUGGAUUUGCAAUCAAAAGUCGCGAUGAUUAAUAAAGCUCGAGCUAUCAACGAAAAAAUUGGUUAUCCUGAUUAUUUGAAGAAUGAUAAUGUGAUGAAACUUGAGAAAGACUAUGCUGAGUUUAACUUCAAUUUAUCUUUUAUGCCAAACGUUUUGAGUUUAAUUCAACUACAUUCGAAAAGAGGUCUUCGAGCACUUCGUGAGCCGGUCGAUAGGAAGGAAUGGAUUGAUAUUACACCCACACAGAUCAAUGCCAUACACAAACUAACAUUGAAUGAAAUCAUUUUUCCAGCUGCUAUUCUUCAAACACCACUGUUCGACAAAGAUGCACCCAAGUAUCUCAAUUAUGGCAGCAUUGGCGUUAUCAUGGGACAUGAGAUUGCACACGGCUUUGAUGAUCACGGUCGGGAAUAUGACAUCUAUGGACAUAAAGUUUCCGGGUGGACUAAUGAGACUAUCAAAGCGUUUCACGAACGCAAGAAAUGUAUCAUCGAACAGUACGACAAUUAUACUUGGACUCAAGUCAAUCGUCAGGUGAAAGGUGAACGAACACUGAAUGAAAACAUUGCUGACAAUGCUGCAUUGAAACAGGCUUUCUUUGCCUAUCAACAGUGGGCAAAAACUCAUAAAAAUGUUGACAAGAAACUACCAGGUCUAGCCAAAUAUUCAGUAGAACAAAUGUUCUUUAUUAGUUUUGGUCACACAUGGUGUAUUAAAAUGACAGACCAAGUUGCGAACUCUUAUAUGCUGACUGAUACACAUUCACCUUCUCAAUUCAGAGUACUUGGUCCUACGUCGAAUUUUGUUGAGUUCGAUCGCGUGUUUGGCUGUAAGCCAGGUCAAGGCAAUAGUCGAGUCAAUAAGUGCAACGUAUGGUAG